UGGGAUCGGUCUCGCUCUCUGUGACACUGACACUUUUAAGCCAGUUUUGAUUUUUUGAUUGCUUAUUCUUUUUGACUUUUGACAAUCUAUUAUUUAAGUUUUCCGGAGUUACUUUUUCAGUAAUUAAAUAAAAUCCAAUACAGUUAAGGAUACCGUGUAAUAGACAUAGAAUUAGAAUUCUUCAACACCCAUCUUUUAUACUUUUGAAGCCGCUGCAACUGGAUUUUGAGACAUUUUGAUUCACAAUGGAUGCUACUGCACAACCUGAAACGGAAAACCCAUCAACAGGAAAAGAUAACCCACCACCAGAGGAAGAAAAUGCUACACCAGACAAACAGAACACACCCUCAGAUAGUAAAAAACCUGUUGACUUCAGACUGAAACACUGGACCAAGGAUGAAAUCUAUGAGCUUCUGCAAGCAAUCAAAGUGUUUGGUUCUCAAAAUGUUACUUGCAUAUCACAAAGUAUUCCAAAUAAAUCUGCACAACAAAUAAAAGAUGCCAUUGCAUGCUACAAAGAAAGAGCACUCUCUAAACAAAAUCCCCUUAAAAGAAAAAUUUGGAGCUCAAAGAAACAUGUCAACAGGCCACCUAUACCACUAAUCAGUUGGGCCAAGUUUUUACAAGAUUCUCUUAGCUACAAGGAUCUACAUACUGAAACAGCUACUGCUCUGAGAAUAAUUGCAGAAUUUGACAACAUACCUGCAGCAACACAUACUGAAAACAUAGAUUUUAGGAACAUAUAUCAUUCUAUAGCUAAUGCCAUGGAGGGUAAGGCAAUAGCAGACAAUGGCCCAAUGGUUACCAUUCUCAACAAAUGUAUUGUUGAUACUGCAUUAACCAGCAAAGCAUUCAUGCGUUUAGCAACAUUGCAAAAUGUUGUUGAAUGGAUUGACAUGUCUGACAAACCAUGUGUGUUACCGAGGCCCACAGACAAUUUGGAAUUGGCAACCUUGAGGCAUUUGGCGUCACAAAGAACAUACAAUCCUCUAGGCAUCCCUGAGCAAUAUCUAAAGCCCAAUUAAUUAUAUUAAGGUAUAAAAAAAACUGUUUAUUAUUUUAAAUGUUUUAUUACA